GUCUGAUAUAGCUUCAAUCGCCAUCAACGAUCCACCACGAACCCCCCGACGCCACAUUAACCUCUCCCCGAACUUCCCCGGGUAAUCUAUCUACGAUACUUACGACUCCGAGCCUCGCGCGCUCAUCCCAUGGCCGCAAUGGCCGUCCAGAACCCCCCGGUGCCAGAGGAGAAGCUCGGAGUCCCCUCUCGCAACCCUCUACCUCUCUCCGCAUCACAAGAAGCACAAGUCCGAGACAUAUUCUACCAAAAAGUCCGAAAAGAAUGCGCCGAUGAGAUCAAAGCAUUCGCCGCAUGCGCUCUUGGCCGCACAUUCACCGUCUCCUUCGCCUGCCGCGCCGAACACCGCUCCAUGAACAGCUGCAUGAAACUGCACGCCACACAAUCCGCGCACGACGAGGCACGUGAGGAAUGGUUCGCCCUACGAAUAGAGCGCCAGCGGGAACGCGAGCGAAAAGCCAGAGUCGCGCAGGCGCAGGAGGAGUUUAUGAGGGAGUGGUGGGGAUUACCCGAGCACGUGCGGUUGUCGAGACAGAAGGAGAUGGAGCAGAGGGGGGAGAGGAUACAUGGACUUACGGCGAAGGAUAGGCCGAGGAGCGAGGGACAAUGAUAAUGAAUUGUUGCAUCUGUGGCGUUUCGGGGUAUUGAACAUCUACGCUGGGGAAUUGUAAGAAUAAAAGGUGAUUUGAGGAUAAGACAAGACAGUGUACCACUAUGAUCAGGAUCAAUGCCGAGACGGCAUUCCGAAAGAGUCAGUUCAACUCGAUAAGCAUAUGCAACCACUGGAG